AUGGAUUCCAAGUAUACUGCAGAUCAUAUAUCGCCAAAUGGGCCAGGCAACUCUCGCCCAACAGCCCAACAAAUCAUCAAGGAUGAAGGCCUUGAAGGAAAGCUCGCCGGAAAGGUCAUUCUCAUCACCGGCUGCUCUUCCGGCAUUGGUAUCCCGACAGCCAUCGCGUUGGCCAUAACUGGCGCAACACUCUACUUAACAGCGAGAAACUUGGGCAAGGCCCGGAAACACGUCCAUUUGCUCGAGCUGGACUUGAACUCUUUCGCGAGUGUACGUAAAUGCGCUGCUGAGUUCCUCUCCAAAUCAUCGACACUCAACAUACUCAUCAACAACGCCGGUAUCAUGGUCCCCCCAGAAGGGCGAACAAUCGAUGGCUUCGAGACACAAUUCGGCACCAACCAUCUUGCCCACUUCCUUCUCAUCCAGCUACUGAAGGACACACUUCUAGCAUCUACUUCUGCCCAAAUGUGCUCCCGUGUCAUCAUGGUAUCUUCAAGCGGACACCGUGCCAGCGAAGUCCAAUUUGACGAUUACAACUUCGAAAAGGGAUACGAUGCCUGGAAGGGAUAUGGGCAGAGCAAGACAGCCAUGAUCUGGACUGCAAAUGAGAUUGACGCACGGUUCGGGGAUAGUGGUCUCCACUCGUACAGUUUACAUCCAGGGAACGUCUCGAGUGGCCUGCAGAAACUUAUUUCCGCGGACCUUGCGAAGCAAUUUUCGGCCCUUUCUGGUCUUGAGGCAUUGGAAAAGUCUCCUGAACAGGGUGCUGCGACUACUGUAUGGGCGGCGACUGCGCGCGAUCUGGAAGGUAGAGGUGGGUUGUUCCUAGAAAAUUGUCAGGUUAUUGGCCCGUUACCGUUGAAUGCUGGAUUACUUACGCCGGGCUAUGCGUCGUGGGUUUACGAUAAAGAGAAGGCGGCGAGGCUUUACGACCUCUCUUUAGAGCUGGUGAAGGUGUGA